GUGAGCAGAGCCCAGGAAUGCCUUAUGUGGAUCGGCAGAACCGAAUCUGUGGGUUUCUGGACAUCGAGGAGAAUGAGAACAGUGGCAAGUUUCUGCGGAGGUACUUCAUUCUGGACACCCAGGCCAACUGCCUGCUCUGGUACAUGGACAACCCCCAGAACCUGGCAAUUGGGGCAGGAGCUGUUGGAGCUUUGAAGCUGACCUACAUCUCGAAGGUGAGCAUAGCCACCCCAAAGCAGAAACCAAAAACUCCAUUUUGCUUUGUCAUUAAUGCCCUAUCUCAGCGAUAUUUUCUUCAAGCCAAUGACCAGAAGGAUUUGAAAGACUGGGUUGAAGCCCUGAACCAAGCCAGCAAGAUCACUGUACCCAAAGGUGGGAACUUACCCUUGGCGACUGAAGUUCUCAAAAGCCUAGCAGCUCCUCCGGCCCUGGAAAAGAAGCCACAGGUGGCCUACAAGACUGAGAUCAUCGGAGGGGUCGUAGUGCACACACCCAUCAGCCAGAAUGGCGGGGAUGGGCAGGAAGGGAGUGAGCUGGGGUCCCAUGCCAUCCUUCGGCGGUCUCAGAGCUACAUCCCUACAUCAGGCUGCCGUGCCUCUGCUGGACCUCCCCUUAUUAAGAGUGGCUACUGUGUGAAGCAGGGGAAUGUGAGGAAGAGCUGGAAACGUCGCUUCUUCGCACUCGAUGACUUUACCAUCUGCUACUUCAAGUGUGAGCAGGACCGAGAGCCUCUGCGCACUAUAUUUCUCAAGGAUGUUCUCAAGACCCAUGAAUGUCUGGUCAAGUCUGGUGAUCUCUUAAUGAGGGACAACCUGUUUGAGAUAAUCACAAGCUCCAGGACCUUCUAUGUACAGGCAGACAGUCCAGAAGACAUGCGCAGCUGGAUUAAGGAGAUCGGGGCAGCUGUCCAGGCCCUCAAGUGCCACCCCAGAGAAAUGUCCUUUUCUAGAUCCAUUUCUUUGACCCGACCUGGAAGCUCUGGUCUCUCAAGUGGGCCCAACUCUAUCUUGUUUAGGGGACGGCAGCCUGUGGAGGAAAAGAAAGCCCUCUGCAAAGCUCCCUCUGUGGUCUCCUCCUGGCAGCCCUGGACACCUGUCCCCCAGGCCGGGGAAAAGCUGCUUCCAGCUGAAGAGACUCCGGAAGACUCUUUGUUCACGCCUCGACUUGGGGAGAGCAAUGUGGCCGGGGUGCUGCCGAGCUCCCGGAUAAGGCACAGAUCCGAGCCCCAACACAAGGAGAAACCAUUUAUGUUCAACCUUGAUGAUGAAAACAUACGGACCUCUGAUGUGUGAUGAAGCUUAGUGCGUGGGAGGGAGAAAGGGAGGACUCGGGAGAAAGGGAGGACUCGAGAGAAGGAGGCUGUGACUCAGUUUCUCUACCUUGUUGGAGGGUGGUCAGAAGCCUUUAUGGCACCCAUACUUCUGGGGAUGCUUUGUGGGAGGGGCCUAUCCACCUGGCUUAAAAAAAAAAAUCAAUGCAGUGUAUUUAAUUUGAGGAAAUCACUAGGUUAGGCCUGAAGGCAUACUCAGUGGAGAACAGGUUGCCUCAUCUAUUUCAAGGUCUUCCUGGUGAGGGGUUAUUUUAGCAACUCCUUCCCAGAGGAAUCUAGGAGUCCAGCUUCACCCUUGACUAGGUUUUAGUUCCUUGUCCUUGUUUUAGUUUCUUUGUUUUCAGUCCAGGCACAGAAUCCUAUUCCUGUUUGUUGACUGAGGUUUGUAACAUGUGAGGGCAGUAACCCGCCCAGCUGGAAGGAGGUGGGUUGGUGGGAGACCCAGGCUCCAACCUGCCUGGAUCCAUUCUGAGAGAUGGGGCCUUGAAAACAGCCCUCAGAGUGUCUACCAGGGCUGAGCCUCUCAGGAGACCUCACAGGGAAAGAGAUAGGGACUUCUUGUAAGGUAUGGGGAAUAAUUCAACCAUACCAAUAGUGCAUCACCCAGUUUUGGAAGUUACUCUGUUCUCUUCUGGAUGCUUUUUGCCCCAAAUAUUAUAGAUGUGGGUGACAGACCUACCCACCCAAAUUCUGUGUCAGGCCCCAAGGGUGGGUUUAUCAGUGUUACAUGUUGUGACUAAGUACAGGACAGACAUUUCCCUUGAUAGGCAUUAUUUGGGAUGUGUGGAGGGUUGAUGUAUGAUAACUCACGUAUGUGAUAAAUCCAUCUCUUUUUCAGAGUUUUAGAUGAGCUUUAAAGCAGGUGCUGGGGAGAGAUGGAUUAUAAUUCAUCCAACUAAGCUUUUGUGAUCCAUGUUUUUCAGACAGGAGAAAAGUUCUGUUUUGGCAAAGACAGAUGAUCUCGAAUCCUUGCCUCACAACUGUUUUUUAAAUGGGCCAACAUUAGUCUAACUUUUAGUGCUGUGCUGUCUUUCUAGGCAGAUUUGCUUUGCCUUUAUCCUUUGUGUUAUCCUUUGAAUGAAGCCUUGUGUGCCUGCAUGAUCAAAACCUGUAAUAUGACAAGUUUCCAUGUACUCAACAGUGAAGAGAUACAAAGAGAAACUUGAGAUAUAUUUAUACUUGUAAUGAAAUAGAAACUGCGCAUAGAAACAUUGAUUUGGAAAUUGUGAGUUGCUGACUAGAGAUUUCUCAGAAGAGCAUCAGAAAGUUGAGUUUCCUGCUCCAGUUGUAGCACACACCUUCUUCCAUCUGACAAGAAGAUACUGUUUCCAGUGUUCCUGGGAGAAUUUUUCCAUCUAGUUUUUGUGGUGAAUUGCCACCAGGAGUUUAUUGGGGUUUCCUAAAGAAAGG